AUGGCGGCUGCGGCUGCGGCUGCCGCGACAGCCAGGACACAGGCGCUUUCUCUCCUCGCCGCUGCCAACAACCACGGCGAUUUGGCAGUGAAGCUCUCGUCUCUCAGACAGGUGAAGGAGAUAUUGCUCUCAUUGGAGCCAUCUCUAUCUGCUGAGAUUUUCCCCUAUCUCGCAGAACUCCAGUUGUCGCGUGAAAUUCUCGUUCGCAAAUCGCUUAUCGAGAUCAUUGAAGAGGUUGGUUUGAGGAUGCUGGAUCAGUCUUAUGUUCUAGUCACUGUCUUACUAGUCUUAUCGAGGGACGAGGAUCCAACUGUUGCAAAGAAAUCUAUUUCUGCUGGCACAACUUUCUUUUGCAGAAUCUUGGAGGAGAUGGCAAUGCAGUUUCAUCAUCAUGGUAAAGUUGAUCGUUGGUUUGGGGAACUCUGGACAUGGAUGGUAAAGUUCAAAGAUGAUGUGUUUGCCUCUGCAUUGGAGCCUGGAUGUGUAGGGGUGAAAAUUCUGGCUCUAAAGUUUAUGGAGACAUUUAUUUUGCUUUUUACUCCUGACGGAUCUGACCCUGAGAAAUUUGCUAUUGAAGAUAGUAGACAGAUGUUCAACAUUUCCUGGGUUGCUGGUUGUCACCCCAUUCUGAACCCAACAACGCUCAUGUCUGAAGCAAAUAGGACAUUUGGCAUCUUAUUAGAUCUCAUACAGUCGGCUGGCCAUUUACCGGGUGCACUGACGAUAGCUGUUGUUAGUUGUCUUGCAGUGGUAGCAAGGAAGAGGCCUGUCCACUACAACACUGUCCUUUCCGUUCUGUUGGAUUUUCAUCCAAAUCUUGAGACUGUGAAGGGAUGCCAUGCUGCAAGCGUUCAAUAUUCCAUUAGAACUGCCUUGCUGGGAUUUCUCAGAUGUACUUCCUCACCUAUGACCGAGUCAAGAGACAAGCUCCUUAGAGCUUUUCGAGCAAUGAAUGCCGCAGAUGUUGCGGAUCAAGUUCUCCGUCAAGUUGAUAAAUUGGUUAGAAUUAAUGAGCGUGCUGCACGUGAAAGUUGGUCAGGCAAGAAUAACCAGGUUAAUCAUCAAAAUUCCUGGGACUUAUCAAAGAAACGAAUAAUGCCCCAGGGUGAAGAAGAUACCAUCAAUGGAGAGGUUGCUUCGAAGCGCUUACGCUAUAAUACUAACAUGCAUUUGACUUCACAAGUUCAAACAAGUGAUCCUGCACAGGGACCUAUCUCUACUAAUGGCAUGUCCUCUGUUAAUCAUCCUUCGGAUAGUGAGUCAACUCCAGUGGAGCAAAUGGUUUCGAUGAUUGGUGCUUUGCUUGCUGAAGGAGACAGAGGAGCUGCAUCACUUGAGAUUCUCAUAUCUAAGCUUCAUCCAGAUAUGCUUGCUGAUAUAGUAAUAACAAGCAUGAAACACUUGCCUAGUUGCCCCCCUACAUUGACAAGUUCACUGGCCACUCCAGCAGAUAUUGUGGUAUCCUCUUCAAUAAAUUCCAUCCAUUCUCCUACUCCUCCGACACAACUUCCUUUUGAUCCAAUCCUUCCUGCUGGUUCAUCAUUUUCCGAUGGGCCUAGCUUGAAUAGCGCAGCUGCCGACCCUAGACGCGACCCAAGAAGGGAUCCCCGUCGCAUGGAUCCACGGCGUUUAAAUUCAUCUGCGGGACCAACAUCACUGCCUGUAGGUGAGGGUAAAGAAUCAGUUCUGCUACAGAUGGAUACCUUGUCGAGUAAACCACUUUCAGUUCCUGCUGUCACGGCUGGGGCUGGUGUUUCAAUACAUCCAACAGCAGUAGAGCAUAGCCAAAACAAGGUUAUGGGAAGUUCAGUAAUCAGAAUAAAUAAUCAGCCUGAUUGUAGAGAUGACUUGUUGACUGUUCCCAAAGAGAGCCUUUAUCCCUCAAAGGGGGAAUCAUCUUUAGAUGUUCCACUAUCUCCUUGCAGUGUUGAUGAACGCAUCAGAGAAACAAAGUUUUCAGGUUCUGAAACAAAUUUUGAUGUGGAUAUGGCGUCUGUCCCAAAUUUUGAUCAACAUUCGCCUUCAGCAUCAGUCCCAGAUUUUGAUCAACAUCUCCCUUCAGCAUCAACCAUUAGUGCAUCAGAGGAAAGCCACCGAGAAUUGCCAUGUGUUCCAUCGUAUGUUGAACUUACAACAGAACAAAGCAUAAGUGUUAGAAAGUUGGCUAUUGAACGGAUAAUUGAAUCAAAUAGACAUGUCUAUGGGUUUGAUUGUAACAAGAUUCGCAUGGCAUUAAUUGCCCGAUUGAUUGCUACGAUCGAUGCUGGCAAUGAUGUUGCAAUCAUCCUUAGAGAACAUAUUAGUGUGGAUCAUCGAGAAUUCAAGGGGCACGACCUUGUUUUACAUGUUCUAUACCAUCUGCAUUCAGUGGCAAUUCUGGACACAGAUGAAUCCUCUCCCUAUGCUACUGUUUAUGAAAAUUUUCUCAUAGCAGUGGCAAGAUCAUUUCUGGAUGCUCUCCCUGCUUCUGACAAGUCCUUCAGCCGACUUUUUGGAGAAGCUCCACAUUUACCUGAUUCUGCAAUAAAGCUACUUGAUGAACUCUGCUCCACUCGUCAUGACCCAGUUGAUAGUGAGCGUGUUACCCAAGGGCUUGGUGCUGUUUGGAGCUUAAUUUUAGUGCGUCCAAAUGAGCGAAAAGCAUGCUUAGCUAUAGCACUGAAGUGUUCUGUUCAUUCUGAAGAAGACAUCCGAGCAAAAGCCAUCCGACUUGUCACAAACAAACUAUAUCACCUGACAUGCAUAUCAGAGCAUGUUGAGCAAUUUGCAACAGAUAUGUUGCUGACUGCUGUGAACUCUGAGACAAAUCUCUCGCAGACUGGACCUGAACCUAUUGCAGAAGGAAUAUCAGAGGCUAAAAGCCAGACAACUUCGAGAAGUGACUCUCUAUGGUCUGGAACUUCUGACAUUCACUCUCAGAAGGAUCUACAAACUUCUCGUGACGUUUCUGCCUUAUCAUUUUCUGAAGCUCAGAGGCUAAUUUCUCUGUUCUUUGCUUUAUGUAAAAAGAAACCUAGUCUCCUUCGACUUGUCUUUGAAGUUUAUGGGAGAGCUCCAAAAGCAGUAAACCAGGCUUUUCAUCGACAUAUACCUAUGCUGAUACGAGAAUUAGGUUCAUCUUAUAUGGAAUUGCUUCAAAUAAUAUCUGAUCCUCCUAAGGGAAGUGAAAAUUUACUGACUCUGGUGUUGGAAAUAUUGACACAAGAAUUGGCACCUUCGACCGAUUUGAUUGCUACUGUAAAGCAUCUAUAUGAAACGAAGCUAAAGGAUGUUUCAAUUCUUAUUCCAUUACUGUCUUCACUCACUAAAGACGAGGUUUUGCCCAUCUUUCCUCCCCUUCUUAAUCUUCCGCCAGAUAAAUUCCAACUUGCACUUGCGCAUAUAUUACAGGGUUCCGCUCACACAGGCCCUGCCCUAACACCUGCCGAGGUAUUGAUUGCUAUCCAUGAUAUUGUUCCUGAGAAGGAUGGACCACCACUGAAAAAGAUAACUGAUGCAUGCUCAGCAUGCUUUGAACAACGCACUGUAUUCACGCAACAAGUCUUAGCAAAGGCCCUCGGUGAGAUGGUUGAUCGAACACCUCUGCCUUUACUCUUCAUGAGAACAGUAAUUCAGGCAAUCGACGCUUAUCCAACACUGGUUGAUUUUGUCAUGGAAAUCCUUUCCAAGUUGGUGAGUAAGCAGAUCUGGAGACUGCCAAAACUGUGGCCUGGCUUCUUAAAAUGUGUAUCUCAGACACAGCCACAUUCUUUCCCUGUUUUAUUGGAGUUACCAAUUCCUCAACUUGAAAAUAUCAUGAAGAAGUUUCCUGAUCUAAGGCCUUCCCUUACUGCUUAUGCGAAUCAGCCAACUAUCAGAGCUUCUCUACCAAAUUCAGCUCUCUCGGUUCUUGGCCUUGACAAUGGGCAAGAUUCGCGGACACAAAUGCACCCUUCAGAUGCAGCAUCUUCUAUUCAUGGGGCAACCUUAACGUGA